CUCCAGUCCUUCCUUGAGAGGGAGACCAGGUGAUGACAACCAUGAUCCCAUCGGUUUGGCCCCAGAAGUCGGUGACCUUUGAGGAUGUGGCCGUGUACUUCACCCAGACGGAAUGGGAUGGUCUGUCCCCUGAACAGAGAGCAUUGUACAGGGAUGUCAUGCUGGAGAAUUACAGGAACUUGGCCUCUGUGGGAUGUCCACUUCUCAAACCUGCUGUGAUCUUACAGCUAGAGGAAGGAAAGGAUCUGGAAAACCUGUCUCAGCUGGCCACUGGAACUGACUUCCAGGGCCUCUGGACUGAAUGUACUGCUACCCAGACUGGCAAUAAUUUGACAAAAGAAGUGUAUGAAGAAAAAAAGAAUAUAUUAUUUCAACUUCAGAAGGACUUUUCUCAGGAAACAUACUUUUCAAAAACUUACAUUGUUGGCCAAAACCAGGAACUCCAGUCAGCAGGAAGUGAAAGGGAAAGGGUCCAUGCCAUUGACAGAAGAGCUAAGACGAGCGUCAUGGAAGGGGGUUUAUUUAGUCAGACUUCACACUUGUUCCAGGAUCAUACCAGCUCCACUGGAGAGCAGUACUCUGAUACCAAACUUACUAAGAAUGAAAGAAUUGCUACAGAGGAAAGACCUUGGAAACACAAAGAAUUAGUAGAGGCUACACAAGGUAGCUUUCAAGUUAAUCAGCUUCCAGAAAUCUGUGAUGUGGAAAAGCCCUAUCAGUGUACAGAAUGUGGCAAAGCCUUCAGUGUUAAAACCAUGUUUGUUUGGCAUCAAAGACUUCAUAAUGGAGAGAAACCUUUCAAAUGUGUGGAGUGUGGGAAAUGCUUCAGCUACAGUUCACACUAUAUCACACAUCAGACAAUCCACAGUGGAGAGAAACCUUACCAGUGUAAGGUAUGUGGCAAAGCCUUCAAUGUUAAUGGAAGUCUCGUUCGACACCAGAGGAUACACACAGGAGAGAAGCCCUAUCAGUGCAAGGAGUGUGGGACUGCCUUCGGCUGUAGUUCUGCAUACAUUACUCAUCAGAGAAUACACACUGGGGAGAAACCGUAUGAGUGUAGUGACUGUGGGAAAGCCUUCAAUGUUAAUGCAAAACUGAUUCAGCAUCAAAGAAUUCACACUGGAGAGAAGCCUUAUGAGUGUGAUGUGUGUGGAAAGGGCUUCAGGUGUAGCACCCAGCUCAGGCAGCAUCAGAGUAUACACACUGGAGAGAAGCCGCAUCGCUGCAGUGAGUGUGGGAAAGGCUUCACUAAAAAUGCAAAGCUCAUUCAACAUCGGAGAGUGCACACAGGUGAAAAACCCUAUGCAUGUAGUGACUGUGGAAAGACUUUUAGUACCAAAGGGAAGUUAAUCCAGCACCAGAGAAUCCACACAGGGGAGAGACCUUACGAAUGUAGUGAAUGUGGGAAAUCUUUUAGGUGUAACUCCCAGCUUCGGCAGCAUCUGAGAAUCCAUACUGGGGAGAAGCCAUAUAAGUGCAGUGACUGUGGAAAGGCUUUCAAUGUUAAUGCAAAGCUAAUGCAGCACCGGAGAACUCACACUGGGGAAAAGCCAUUUGAAUGUAAUGAAUGUGGGAAGUGCUUUACUUCUAAAAGAAACUUGCUUGAUCAUCAACGAACGCAUACUGGAGAGAAGCCAUAUCAGUGUAAGGAGUGUGGGAAAGCUUUCAGUAUCAAUGCCAAGUUAACUAGACACCAGCAAAUACAUACCAGGGAGAAACCUUUCAAGUGUAUGGAAUGCGAGAAAGCAUUCAGCUGUAGUUCUGACUAUAUUGUGCACCAGAGAAUCCAUACUGGAGAGAAACCCUUUCAGUGCAGUGAGUGUGGCAAAGCCUUCCAUGUCAAUGCUCACUUAAUUAGACACCAGAGAAGCCAUACUGGGGAAAAGCCUUUCCGAUGCAUGGAGUGUGGCAAGGGCUUCAGCCUUAGUUCUGACUGCAUUAUACAUCAGACCGUCCAUACUUGGAAGAAACCGUAUGUGUGUAAAUUAUGUGGGAAAACUUUCAGGUUUAGCUUUCAACUAAGUCAGCACCAAGAUGUUCACAAUGAAGACAAAUCCUAGUGAAGAAAAAACAACAAAACUAAAAACAGCAACAACAAAACACACACACACACACACACACACACACACACACACACACAAACCACAAAAAAACUCACCAACCAGCAAACCAAAAAAAAAAAAAAAAAAAAAAAAACAAACCAAAAAAACCCACCAAAACCAAAACCAAACCUAUGUUUAAUAAGAAAUGGAUCAUGGCUGACCAAUUAUUACUUGGAGGAAGACCAAUAGUUGGAAAUGAAUAUGACGGUCUCCAUUUGGAAACAGUUUUUCUCUUUUAUUUUUAAUCAAGAUGAGCAGCUGGAAAGAUAUAUCUAAAAUAACUUGCUUUUUUUUAAAAUGAAGUUUUGUUUUUCAAGACAGAGUUUCUCUGUGUACCCCUGGCUGUCCUGGAACUCUCUGUGUAGACCAGGCAGGCCUUAAACUCAGAGAUUUACCAGCUUCUGCCUCCCGAGUGCUGGUAUUAAAGGUGUGCCUCACCACCACCCAACAAAUGAUUUAGUUUAUACCAGUAACAAGUCAGGAAAUAUAAUGAAAGAAAACAUCCUAUUCCCAGCAGCACCAAGAAAAGUAGAUUUUUUAGGAAUUUUGUAGGGCUGAAGAAAAUGAAGGAUUCUCAACUGAGGGAGACCAAAGGAAACAAAUACAAGAAGGAGGAGAGAAAUUAAUUUAUUUCUGCUUUGUUUUGACAGCAAGAAUGCAUUACACUUUCUUUAAAAGGGGGAAAAGUAAACAUUAAAAAAUUGUUAGAAGAAGCCUUUAAAAGCACCUAUCCAAAGUAGAGAUAAGCAAUAAGGAGAAUGUUGGCAGAUGACCACUCAAAAAUAAACCUGUGUGUUUUGUAAAUACUUCCAAA